AUUUCAGACAGUAUUCAGUCUAGCAUUUGCAUUCUUACAAAGCACAGCUUAUCAAUUAAUAAAAAGCACAAUGUCUUUCAAAACCUUAAUCUUCUUCGGACUUUUGGCUGUAGCCCUUGGAUUCACACUUCCUGAAGAAAAUACUGCAGGCCUUAUUGAUUCAGAAUGGGUCUACGGGGAUGUAGUUCCAGUAGCUGAUGAUGUUGUUCUUGUGAGGAAAGCCCGUUCACCUCAAGGCUCAAUGAGUGGUACAUUUGAACACAGCCGUCGAGAUGGUUCAAGUGCAAAUUUUGACUACAAUCAUCAAGUGACCAAAAAUUUGGAUGUUUAUGCUGGUGCUGGAAGGAAUUUCCGAUACAAUGACAACAAUGCUCAUGCUGGCUUGAGAUAUAGAUUUUAAACACAAGUUUUUUGCUUUAUUUUCACCAAGAAUAUUCAUUAUUUUUAACUUU